ACCAGUGGGGUAGAUGGCAAAGCAGGAUCAAUUAUUUCUGAGAUAGACCAACGUGCUCUGAAUAAAACAUGUGAUUACAUGUCUGUAUAUAAAGUCUUAACUCUGCACUUGGAAGUCCACGCCCUCUGAUUCAGAUAAAAAGGGGUGGAGAAUGUAAAGAGAAAACCGAAAGUAAAAAUCUGAAGAAAAAGUUUUUGAGACAAAGAGUUACUGGGAGUUAUCUGUCCAACACAGACAUAUUUGAUCUACAAUGGCCACACCAGUUCCACAGCGGCUGCUGGCUACCCUAGAAAAACUAGACAAGGCUACAUUUGAGACCUUCCAGUGGAACCUGAUGGAGGAAACACUCGAAGGCUUCAAUCCCAUGUCAAUCGCCAGUCUAGAGGAUGCUAGCAGGCACAAGACAGUGAGUAAGAUGGUGCAGGCCUACAAGAAAGAAGGUGCUAUGAAAAUCACACAGAAGAUCCUGGAGAACAUAGGAAUGAUUGAUCUAGCAGAUAAGUUAAAGACCGAGGGCAAAAAAGAUCAAGAUGCUACUCCCCAAUCUAGCCAGGAUCAAUCUGCAGUCAUGGAGACAAAGCAGUAUGGUGCCCAAUUUGUGGAUGAUAACAUGGAACAACUUGUUCAAAGGAUUUCCCUGGUGAUGCCAAUAGCAGAUGGCCUGUUCCAGAAGAAAAUGAUCCAUUAUGAGGAUUACUCUGAAAUCACUGCGGCCCAAACCAGUAUGGCAAAGAUGAGAAAGCUAUAUGUGGCCCUGCAACCAGGAGGAGCGGUGGCUAAAUCAGCCUUUUACCAAAUUCUACUGAAACAACAAUCUCUUCUAGUCAAAGAACUGGGUGGGGUUGUCCAGAAAUGAAGUCAUAACUUAAGCGGCUUCUACAGUCUUGGUCUGGACUCACUUUUUUUCAAAUCUCACACGUUACCUCAGAAAUAUUGGUCCUUUCACACCACUGUUGUCAAACAACAAUUUGUAACAAAAUAAAUGUAAAAAAAAAAAAAAAUGAAUCAGACCAUUUCUUUUCCUGGUUGCUUCAUUGUUCAGAUUGCAUACC